UGUCAGUGAGCUGUUUCUGCUGCUGCUGCUGCACACAGUCCACAGACAGGGAUUUCUGUGCUGCUGUUGUUAUUUGAAUGCUGGAUCUCUCAUGCAAUGAUACCUCCCUGAGCUAAUUUCUCUGAACCAAACGACAAUACUGAAGCUGUCAGUGUGAGCUUUUUUUUUUUCCGGUUAAGAGAGAAGCAUUAUUUUUUCUUGUGGCGUUCUAACCAUGCCCAGCCUGAGUUAGCAACAGAGGGCUUAGUCUUUCUUAUUGGAUUGCUAAUCACUUGAUACAUACAUCGGGAGAUGGAUAGUGGGAGGUGCCGCUGGUGGGUGUCACGUUAUGUAUACAUUGAAUAUUUUUCCCCACUCGGAGAACGCCAUUCGGAGGCUGGUUCUCUGAAAAGCUUUCAUCUUUAACACGAGCUUAAGGAUCUGGGCUGAGGAAGGAGAAUGUCAUUCUACACAAGGCAAAGGCACGAUCAGUCGCUUCUGCUACUUCUUGCCGUGCACAGAUUUGAGAGACGGCUGCAUUGAGGAUUCGUUUGUUUCGCAGCCAUGGGCUGCAGCGCUACAAUGGGAACCAAAUAGAAAGCACACAGUGUGUACAGGAUGCCUGGGCAGUGGCCUUUCUGUCUGCUUCUUUAUUAAAGGAAGAAGGUCUUGAAUGAGAGAAAGGGCCACCCGGUUUGAAAAAAAGAACACAGGGAAGGGAAGGCUUAUAGUUAUUAUUUGAUUACAGCAUUUUUUGCAAUAGUGAAUUUUUCUCGAGCACAUGUGCAACCCUCUGCCACCCUGUGCCAGCUUUCUAUGGUCUGCCAGCUUCAGCGUGAACCCAUGAGCCGGCCAGCCACUCUCCAACGCAGGACCACCUACCUCAUCUCGCUGACCCUGGUCAAGCUCGAGGCAGUGGGGGGUGAAGGAGAUGGGGCCGCAGAUGAUGUGGAUGCCCUUGAAAGGGCAUCUUUCCUGGAGGGGCAGAUUGAAGGUUCAACCCAGCAGGAAGAUAAGCAGAAUCCUGAGAGAGAACGCAGGUUACCCGGAGAAGGUGUGAGCUUAACCGCCAGUGAUGGGUCUCCCUUGAGUCCAUUUGACCCUCGAUUUGAACCUUCUGGCACCCGAACAGGGUUCAAAGAUGUGGAGAAGAAGAAGGAGGAAGGAGAUGUUCUACCGGAAGAGAUGAGUGGAGGAAGGACUCGGCCCUCGGUCCAGCAGACAGAAGGCCAGCUUCCAGUGGAGACUUCCAAAGCAUCCAGAGAGCUCAAACCCUGGAAGUCGGUGGAUAUCGAAGCCAGCCGGACGGCAAAAUGCCAGAUCCCGGUCCGGAUAGGGCAAAGGCCCGGCUUGCUGUUGAAAUCCCACAGCACCAGUAGGAAAGACCCAAAGGAAGGCUUGAGCACGGUGGCGGCAAAGAGUCUGGAUAGGAAAGAGAAGGGAGACAAAGCAGGAGGGGGAAGCAGCCGGCUAUCCUGGCCUGAAAACGAAGCGAAACCUAAGGCCAAGGGGAGCGGCCCUGCCAGGGGGAGCCCCACAACCGAGGGGCAGGUGAAAACCGGAGCCCCCUCGACCGUUAGCCUCAUCCCCAAGCCCCCGAGGAAAGGGAAGAGCCGCACGCUGGAUAACAGCGACCUGCACUGCCUGUCGGAGGACCUCAAGAGGGGGAAGGAGGGAGAGAAAUCCAGGACCUCGACUCGGGACCGAAAGAUGCUGAAGUUCAUCAGCGGGAUUUUUACCAAAAGCUCUCCGGCCGCGAGCGUCUCGUCCCCUCCGUACGGGACCAUUCCAAGGGAUUCCAGCAAUGAGGACCGCUCGCUAGGGGUGGCGUUUUCUAGCACUCAGGAAUGGUCACUCAGUCGCAACAUUUCCGAGCUCCGUCUGGGCAUCGUGGGAAGUGUCCGCAGUGGGAAGUCAGCUUUGGUCCACCGGUUCGUCGCGGGCAGCUAUCUGCCACUGGAGUCCCCUGAAGGGGGUCGGUUCAAGAAGGAGGUGCAGGUGGAAGGACAGAGUAAUUUACUGCUGAUCCGAGAGGAAGGCGGACCUCCAGACUCCCAGUUUUCUAACUGGGUGGAUGCGGUGGUGUUUGUCUUCAGUCUGGAGAAUGAAGACAGCUUCCAGGAGGUCCUCAAGUACUACACACUGCUGGCUAACUACCGCAAUACCAGCGACAUCACCGUCAUGCUGGUGGGCACGCAGGACAAAAUCAGUACUUCUAACCCUCGGGUGAUUGAUGAUGUCCGUGCCAGGCAGCUCUGUAACGACCUCAAGCGAUGCACCUACUACGAGACGUGUGCCACCUACGGGCUUAACGUGGACCGUGUCUUCAACGAAGCGGCGCAGAAGAUUGUGUCUCUGAAGAAGCAGAGUGUUCUGAUGGCUUCCUGCAAAUCCCUGCCCAACUCCCCCAGUCACUCCGGCAGCUCCACCCCAGUGUCAGGACAGAUCCCUGGGCAGGCCAGCAACGGCGGUCAUGCCAGUGACUACUCCUCCUCUCUCCCCUCCACCCCAAACGUGCCUCACCGGGAGCUGAGGGGUGAAGCAGGGCCAGGCUCCUCCACUCCAGGAUCUCUACACAGGGCACCACGACGUCGAACCUCCCUCUUCACGAACCGAAGAGGCAGCGACUCGGAAAAGAGAAGUCUGGAUAGCAAAGGGGAUAACAUCGGCAGCGGACGAGCCAUUCCCAUCAAACAGAGCGUUUUGUUGAAAAGAAGCGGAAAUUCUUUGAACAAGGAGUGGAAAAAGAAAUACGUCACGCUGUCAAACAACGGCGUUCUCUCCUAUCACCCUAGUAUGAACGACUACAUGCAGAACUCCCAUGGGAAGGAGAUUGACCUGCUGAGGACGACGGUCAAGGUCCCAGGGAAGCGGCCACCUCGAGCAGUGUCCAGCUGCGGAUCCUCCGCCGGGAUCAACGGGCUGGUCAAGGACAUUGGCGGCAUGGGCGUGGCAGAGACUGCCAGUGCCCCUUCCUGCCCCAGCGGCCUGCUCCCGGUGGAUGAACAGGCCGUCAGCAGCGCCUCCAAAUCGGAGAGGAGCCUCCAGCGCUGCCCCUCCUCGCUGUCCAACAAGGGCCAGAGCAUCGACUCUAACCUGUCCAUCGAGAGCACGGCCAGCCCACCCAGCGGCAAGGACCCUCCCCCUCCAUCCCCCAUGAUCGACAGGAAGAAGCAUCGGAGGAAGAAGAGCAUGAACCUGAAAGGAGACAUGACAGUGGGGCAGGCAGAGGCCAAGCGCAAAAUGUGGAAGUUAAAAAGCUUUGGUAGUUUGAGAAACAUUUACAAGACAGAGGAGGAGAAUUUUGAGUUCAUGAUUGUGUCGAGCACCGGGCAGACCUGGCAUUUCGAGGCCUCCAGUCUGGAGGACCGGGACUCCUGGGUCCAUGCCAUCGAGAGCCAGAUCCUGGCCAGCCUGCAGUCCUGCGAGAGCAGCAAGAACAAGGCGCGCAUGGACAGCCAGAGUGAGGCUGUCGCUCUCCAAGCCAUUCGCAACACCAAGGGCAAUGCCUUCUGUGUGGACUGUGGGGCUUCCAACCCCACCUGGGCCAGCCUGAACCUGGGCGCCCUGAUCUGUAUCGAGUGCUCGGGGAUCCAUCGGAACCUGGGGACCCACCUGUCGCGAGUGCGCUCCCUGGACCUGGACGACUGGCCCCUGGAGCUGACCCUGGUGCUGAACUCCAUCGGCAACGAGAUGGCCAACAGCAUCUGGGAGAGGAACACUCAGGGGCGUAGCAAGCCCAGCCCGGACGCCACGCGGGAGGAGCGUGAGGCGUGGAUCCGUGCCAAGUACGAGCAGAGGCUGUUUGUGGCAGAGCUGCCGGACUCCGAGCUGGGGGUCGGGGUGCGCUUGCUGAACACUGUGCUGGAGCGAGACCUGGCCUCCCUGCUGCUGCUCCUCGCUCACAGCCGGAAAGAGGAAAUCAACGCUCCCCCACCCCCCCGGGACAAGGACCGCCGCAGCGCCCUGCACUUGGCCUGCGAGACCCCCGACGUGGUCAUGACGCAGCUGCUCGUCUGGUACGGCAGCGACGUCAAGGCCCGCGAUGCCCAGGGCCAGACAGCGCUGGCGUACGCUCGACGAUCAGGCAGCCAGGAAUGCGUUGACAUCCUUCUGCAGCACGGGUGCCCAAACGAGGGCCUGGCAGCGCUGCCCACCCCCAGCCUGAGCCGCAAAAGCAGCACGACCAGCAUCGGCCGCACCAACUCCCGCAGGGGGGUCUCGUAACCACAGCAACAGCAGCACGGGACCAGACCACUGCGGGCUGAAAAGGGGGAGGAUGCUCUCUAUCUGGACUCUGCCCACUUUGGUGACAUCACAGACAGUGCCUAUAUAUGCCAACCAGCUUUGUACAGGGCGAACGCCAAUUAAGGGUCAAAAACCGACAGUUUAUAAAUAUGCAGACACUACUGAUAAAAUAGCAACAGUAUUUGCGAGCUGGUAAUUAACACAGCUUCAUGGCAGGCUCUUUAUUUACUCGGGAGGUAAAACAGUGACCAUUGCUUUUAGAACAUUUUUCUGGGUUUAUUUAUUCACUAAAUCUGGGCUAAACUUUUUAAAUUGCUGGUUUUAUUUAAGCAUUAUUAUCCCAUGACAUCAUAACCUGCUGAAUAAUUUACAGAGGUUACUUACCGGAAAGACAAGGUCCAUUAUCUCCUGGUAAUGACCGCUGCAGAGGGUGUUAAUGUUAGUGUUUCAGUAUGAAUACAUUUUUUAAAUGUGUUUUUAGGUUAUAUUUUGGUCUGGAUUGCUAGGCUGAAAUGUAUGUUGCAGUCUUAACAUCUUUCAACAGUCCUUUUAGUGGACUUUUAAUCAGAUUAUUUCUAAUAUAUUUUGGCUUCUUUGUUUAAAAAUAAAUACUGGUUCAGACCAUUUGAUUAUUCCAAGCUCUAGUUGUGUUAAAGUGGGACAAAGCUUCAUAGAACAAGUCUUAUCAAAAUAAAUGAUGUUAUUAAUGUAUCCCUUUUCAAAGUACUUGUUGCACUGUCCUGUGGAUUAUAGAACCAUAAGUCAUUUGAUGUGCUGGCUGGCAAUGUUAGGCUAUUUUACAAUUGCCCCUCCAUCUGCAAAUAGUGUCUGUGUAUUUCUGAACUGUCUGUGCACAGUACAAGAGAAAACAUUGAAGUACCACACUGUAGAUUUGUUUAAAUCUGGUAGAAUGGAGGAUCCUGUCCUUGUGUUUGUGCAUACGUCACCAUUUAGAAACUUGGUUAGGACAUUCCUCAGCACACAUUACUGAGAGCAUCAGAAUCAUACCGACCACUGAAGCAAAAUAUUGCGGAUGAGGUCAGUGAUAAUAUUGCUUGAGUUCGUAAAAGACAAUGGAUUUGAAAGCCUUGGCAAUCACUCAAGUUUCGUCCCGCCUUGAGUUUACAAGAGAAAUCGUCUUUGCGGUUUAAAUUAUCAACAACCUUUUGACUGUGUACUAUGUAUUGCUGUAAAUCUUUGAAUAUGUUUUAUCCAGAUGUCCCGGGUUGUUAAUCCACUGGGGGGUAUUCCUACCAAAGUCAUUGUACUGCCCAAAAUCUAUGGACCACAAGCUGGAGAAAUAUGUACACAGUAUUGCCACCUCUAGUGGUUGAGUCCUUAGUGACACCCAGAAGUACAUACGCCACUGCCAUCUGCUGGACAAUUGAGAGACAACAGGCCACUAAAGUACAAAAUGCAUCUGAAAAUACCAAACGACGAAGCUGUAAAAGACUUGAUUGUUUUUAAACACUGCAUAGUGGGAUCAUACAAGCAGCAAGCAUGUAUUUAAAUUGAAUGCAGUGCAUUGUUAGGAAACAGGGUCAAGCACAAAAAGCACUUAAAAAUGCAAGCUGAAUCCAGGGUUAUAUAUAUGAAUAGGGGGAUGUGAACUAAUAUACUAAUGUCCAUUUAAAAAAAAAAUAUAUAUAUAUAUAUAUAUAUAUAGGCAUGGACUCCACAAGGUGCAGGAAGGUGUCUCUCAAGGUCACCAGCCGUACACAUCACACAGUUGGUGCAGAGAGGCAGGCAGAGGAUCGUGAUGACAGAUACAUUGUGCAAGUUCCAAACAUGCUCAAGUCAAAGAUGCCCAAAGUCUGAGUCGUCCUCCACCCAUUCAUGCACAGUUCCAGCGCGGUGGGUGUGGGCAUUGAAAGAAACCAUCGCCAUCAGGGCAAAAGUGCAACGUUAUUGGGGGGACUUGAUCCCCAACAAUGCUGAAUUAAACUGCACCAUUCAUUCAGCCUUCCAGAGUAAUCAAGGGAGCCAGGGUAUACCAGGAGAACACGCCCCACACCAGGGUAUACCAGGAGAACACUCCCCACACCAGGGUAUACCAGGAGAACACGCCCCACACCAGAGUAUACCAGGAGAACACGCCCCACACCAGGGUAUACCAGGAGAACACGCCCCACACCAGGGUAUACCAGGAGAACAUGUCCCACACCAGAGUAUACCAGGAGAACACUCCCCACACCAGGGUAUACCAGGAGAACACGCCCCACACCAGAGUAUACCAGGAGAACAUGCCUCACAGCAGGGCCAUGCCAAAUCCAAUCAGAUAGACAGGCAGGUCCUAAUAAAAUGGAACGGAGCCUAAGAAUAUAUAAGUGUAGAAUGCAAUCUUGCACUGUUUUUCUGCAAGUAGAGUUUUGGAUUCAGAAGGACCCUAGAAGAAUGUCAGAUUGCCCCGAUCUCGUCCUUCCAUUUAAAACUCACCCACGUGCUGUAUUACAAUUACCCUGGCAGUGUUCAGUGGGUAUGUAUUUAUUACAGUAUCACGCCCAUAACCAUACCUAGCAAAAAUACUGCCCUUUUAGAAAAUAUUGUCUAUUUAAAAGAUUUAUGAUUAUAAAAAAAAACACAAUAAAAUAACAUUUUAAGAAAAAAAAAGGAUUGUAAAAAAAUAUGAAAUCCUAUUAAUAAUGUAUGUACAAGACUGUAUUUGUAUGUAACUUUGUAAGUAUGAAUUACGAUUGCUUGUAACCGUGACAAGAAAGAUUUGUUGUUUUGAAUUCUCAUCAGUGAUGGUUCUUUGGUGAUGGUUUUUCUUUUCCUGUUUUUUUAUUUAUUUUAUUUUUCUAGAUAUCCGUUAUCCUUAAAAUCAAGUUUGCUCAAAUGAUCAAAGGGCACAUAGCUUCAAAUGCAAUUCUGUCAAAUUGCUUUUUACAUUUUCUGUACUUUUUAAUGGGGUUAGCAAUCAUGCAGAGUGGUGCUGGGUUCUGCUGCAGCACUAAUAUUUUCUCCUUAAAUCUACCUUUACCUGGCUUUGAGAACCUUAAGGACUGAACAGCAUUCCUCAUUCAAACCAUGUGACAAUGUGACUUUUCCACUAGCUCACCUGCACUACAUACUGUAUAGACAGUAGUUGCAGCUGGCACUUGAAAAGUUGCAUUGCCACAUGCUUUGAAUGAAGAAUGCUGGUCGGUCCCGGAAACAUACAGCAACUCCACAUUGACGCAGCAGAGCCCAGAACCACUCAGAAUGAUUUCAAUCACCAUGAAACAGAAACUGAACUCCCUGAUUCCUAAGAAAUCACAUUGAGACGGAAACUAGGAUUCUACGGGAUAGAGUAUUCUAGGGGGGUUGAAACAAGCACGUUUAAAUUUGAAACUACUUUAACUUGGAAUAAUCAGUCAAUGUUGUUUUAAUUGAUUAAUUAAGCUAAUUUGCAGAAUUGAUUGAUUAAAAGCCACUGGUGCAAACCUUGAUAUAUCUCAUCAUUGUGUUGUGUAUCAAAUAUAGCAGUAUUUUUGAUCUGUGACGACCCUGGCAAUAGGAGUAUGUGUUCACAGUCUGACGGGUGUUUAAGGUCUAUAUUAAAGCCUAUGGUAGCCCAUUGAGGUUCAUGUUUGUAUAUAGAGUAUUUCUUGGGAGGAACAGACUUUUACUUUAACAGGAGUUACAGUUUUCUUCUGAUCUGGAGAUACUAUUUCGAUGGCGUAUGUGUGUUGUUAUUUUUGUGUUUUUAUUGCAAAAAAAAAAAAAUGUUUUUUUUUUUUUAAGAAACGUAAAACUUAUAACUGCUGUAAAAUAAGAUUUAUACAGACGACAAGAAAAUCUUGUAUCCAUUUCAUGUUUUUGUUAUGUUUGUUUUCUCCUGUAGAGUUUUGAAGUUGCUUAGCACUCUCUGUUAGAAUGUGACUCUGUGUGAGUUGGUAUAUUUGAAAUAACUAUACCCAAAUGUGUAGCUUCUGUUCUGAAUGAUUAAACAGUGAUUUUCAUACAAAA